GGAAGUUGGUUUAGGUAAAUAUUGUUGAUCUGCCAGAGGCAAACUAGGUGUUAAUUUUGACAGCAGUGUGUAUCAUUACCACCAUAAUUAGUAAUUACGUGAUCUAAAUGUACAUUUGGAUUGUACAGUUGUCGCAGCAUCCUAAUUGAUUCAUUGUGGAUUGUUUCAUUUCAGUGUGCACGAAAAAAAAUGCGAGUAGGCCAACUUCGGAUAUAUUCGAGACGGUUGGACAUGAACCCAUUUACCUGCACUAGAUGUUAUGAAUGUGUUUAAGUAACUUGACAUUAUUAACAGGUUUCAGUAGAAUGCGCAAAAUGAUGAAAAUAAAGAAGCUUGAUAACGCUGUGAUAAUAUUGACAGCUGCAUAUUAACUUCUUCCUUUUGAAAGGCAGCAGAUGAACGAGGUUAUCUCCAGCUACAAUGAGCCAGAAUCAAGUAAUACGUCUUUCUAUAAUAUGUCUUUCUAGUUACACUUAUCAGAAGCAGAAAAUUUGCUCAUACAAAUCACGGGAUAAGUUGAUAGCUAAUGUGAGCUACUGUGAAAUACCAAAGUUUUAAAUAUUUUUAUAGACAAAAUGGAACCAAAUAAUUGCAUGUGCAAAGUGGCAGUCUUCUUAUCUGUACGUAGAUGGCAACAGCUUGGUGCUGCAUUUAUGAAGUGAUUUAUUUGUUUAGAAAAGAGUUUUCCAUGUGGGUGUGUACUGUUGUUUUUCUGAAAUCUAUAACUGUUGUGGCUCCAAAAUGGACACACUGAAGUCAUAUUUUAAUAAGAUGAAAAUAUUACCAAGCCAUGGGCACAAAACCUGGAUAUUUAGAAGAAAGGGUAGUUGUGGGAAAACCGGCAAGGGGAAGUAUGGAAGAAGUAAAUCUCAGAACGACGCUGCCUACGAGUCGCAAGAAUCAGCUCAUGCUCAUUUCUUGGAAGGAAAAGAAAACAUCCAUGUAUUCACAAAGUCUGGUACUCUUGUUCCAAGAAAAUCAAGAAUAGACUCUACAAGAUCAGCACCUAUAAAACCUCCUAGGAAAGACCAAAUAUUUACAGCUGAGUUUCAUGUUGAAAACAGGGACAGAUUUGGACUGGUCCUAGGCAAUGCUUCUAUGGACCCAGCUAGGUUUGAUAAUGAUGGUCUUGCAGGCUUGAGCCACAUUGACCUUAAUGAUUCAUAUGAUGAGUUAGCGUAUAGAACCAUCUCCCCUGUGAAGGUGUGCGAGGUGGCACUGGAUAGCCAGGUUCACGCAGACGGACAGGUGCACGCUGGCGACGAGGUCAUAGAGAUCAAUGGACACUCAGUCAAUGGGGAAACCAUGGCUGCCGUAAAAAGCAUGCUUGAGAAGGCUGUCCAAUCUGGCUGGGUGUGCCUCAAAUUAAGAAGGAAACGGAAGCGCAAUGCUCCCAACCCGUCUGACAUCAACGGGUUUCAGUGUGGGUAUGGGUCCUCAUCCAGUUCCAACCUCAUCAACCCGUCAACCAGCGAUCAACCCCCUCUCACCAGGCAGGCUCCAUUUGCCCAGUCAGCUUCAUGUCUGGACUCAAACUGCUUGUCUAGUUCAUUUACAUUUAACUCUGUGAACAAUUCAGAAAAUAGUUUAUCAUUGUCUAAUGAUGAUGUUUUCACAGAUUCUACCACAGACCAUGAUUUUUUGCCAAAAAAGUACUGCAAUGGAGGUAAUGUAAAUGACCAAAGAAAAAUAGGGCAAAGUGAAAAAAGACUUGGUGUCUGUGGAAUGGAAAAGUUUCGGACACAUAGUGCUUCAGCUGUGGAGGAUAUACAAAGGACUAGCACCAACAAACACAGUAUGGACUAUGCAAAUACUGCCUAUCUAGCCAAGCAGGGUAGAUAUGGAAUGGGUGUGUAUGAUUCAGUGGGUGAUGGUUCUGAAUCUGAGCUCAGCCAAUACCAGUCAGACUCGGAGGUGAUGAUGUGUGAGCAACUCUAUAGGCAGAGGAAGUCUUCCAAGACAUCCGAGGCCUUCCGACAGUUACACAAUGCAACCCCGACCAGUCUUUGUAGCUUUGACUCGGACUUUGAGUUUGCUAGUUGUCAGUCCACACCAACUUUUGGAAAGAAGCGUAUGAUCACCAAGUUGCACUUGUUGAAAGAGAACAACAGUAUCGGCAUCCAUGUGGCAGGUGGUCGCGGGUCCAAGAGGGGUGAUAUCGGCAUCUUUGUGGCAGGCAUCUUGGAAUCUGGGCCAGCAUACAGGGAUGGGCGUUUGCAGCGUGGGGACGAGUUGCUCAUGAUCAAUGGGCGGAGUCUGAUUGGGGCCAAUCACCAAGAGGCGGUUGAGAUGCUGCGAAGUGCACCAAAACUUGUCCAGCUUGUCAUUGCUGCUAAGGUUCGUAAAUCAUCCAGUCUUGCCUCUGCGGCAUCUGCAUGCCCGAUGUCUCCCGGGCCUGGGGAGUUUAGUUCUCAGUCCAUACCAGAGGUCCUGGCACAGACGCCCCAGGGAACUGUUGUCAACUGGGAACAACUCUUUGAUAAGUUCAGCCAGAAUAAUGUAGCAGACAAGCCACCAAGUGGGGCCUCCGCUGGGAAUGGCAAAUAUCGAAAACGUUACAACCGGAGCCCAUCUCCAGGACAGGGGCCACCAAUGACCGUGUGUGUAAAAAAGGGGGAUAGAGGCCGGGGGCUGGGGUUCACCAUUGUAGGUGGUCAGGACACCGCCAUCGGCCACCUCGGCAUUCUUGUGCGCAGAAUCUUUCCAAAUGGUCUCAUUGCUCUCGAUGGCAAGAUGAAGGAAGGAGAUGAAAUUCUGGAGCUGAAUGAUGAGCCCCUGUUUGGCCUUGCUCAUCGCGAGGUGCUGCAGAGGUUCAGACACCUCAAGAAAGGACCUGUGAAAAUCACAUUCCGCAAGAGAUUGAGAUCACCUCAUUGCAGCCUGGGACGCACCCCCUACCUCACCCUGUCUGCUUCCUGUGAUGGCAGUCCGGUCUCUACCCCUGGACACUCACCACAUGGAAGCCUGAGCAACCUCUGUGACCUUGACCUUGAAUCAUACAACUCUGGCAGAGGUCAUAACCUCUUCAUGGAGACUCGGACCACCCUUGACCCUGGUGUAACUCUGCAAGGUCAGGAACACCGGCCAACCUUCUCAGUCCCAGUCAACAUCCCGAAGUCACCGUCUAUUGGAACCUCCAUUGGGGAACGUCUUAGCCCAGACAACAAACCAAAACUCCAACAAGAAGUACAGCUCCAAAAAGACAGCGGAGAGAGCUUAGGUAUCUCAGUGAUCCGGAAGACGUAUGAUGGGGAGAGUGAGAUUCUCGUGCAGGACCUAUCCCCGGGUUCACCCGCACACAGGGAUGGCAGGCUCAGGAAGGGGGACAUGAUAGUGUCAGUAAAUGGGCGGUCAAUGACUAACAUGACAUUGCUGGACGCUUACCAAUUGUUCCGGAACCUUCCAUCUGGCCCGGUUCACAUCACACUGCGACGGAACCACCAAAUACAGGUUUUGCCAUGCGUGAUACAGCAGGCAGCAAACGAUCCGUCCCCUGCCUGUCAAGACUGUGAGGGUGAUCCCUCCUGUCCUCUCUCUCCACUAGCACACCCGGAAGGCACCGAUCAUGUGACCUGCUUGAGUGAUCAUGUGACCUGCCUUAGUGAUCAUGUGACCUGCCUGAGUGAGCAUGUGUCCUGUGUGGGCACCUGCACCAACCCUGUCAUGUGCCAAAAGGAAUUCCUGAGGAAGAGACUAUCCACAGUGUCGGAGGAGUCAAGCUUUCACAAUCAACUAGAGAGCAGACACAGCAGUUUCAGCAAGGCUUUAAAAGAUAAUUCUCAGGUUGAAACAAAUGAUGCAUGUGAUAAUGGCACAGAAACUAACGAAGAAAAUCCUUUUAUAGAAAUUGCAGAUGAUAUAGAAGUUCUUGAUACAAGACUUUCUAACCAGGGGAAGGCAAGGCCUGUCCAACUGGACCUUGAUUUUGGCAAAUACCUGAUCAGUGCAAACAGGCGACGUGAGUCUACAAUGGAAAGUGAUGCAACCACAGGAACCGAGUCUGACUUCUCCGACUGGGACCCCGCUGUUGCAGCCCUCACCACGGAAAACAGUGAGGACUCGGAUGAAUAUGGCAUCUACUAUGGAGACAUGUAUGACACCCCUAUUGGGGGUCAAGGAGGCUAUGGUGGGGGUCGACAUUACAUCUCCCCAGGGGACAGUGCCUACAGUGGGUCUGGGCCCCUUUACCCCAUACAUGAGCUGGGAUCCGGCACAAAUGACAGUUCAGAUGAUGAGCAAGAAAACUCAGAGAGAACCAUACAAAACUCUGUUUCUCUGCCUCACUCAGACAUCCCUGUGUAUGGGCGUUAUCAGAAACUGAAAAGCCAGGAGGACAAUGACACAAGUGUUGCUCUCUCAGAGGACUCCAUGGAAAACCUGAUGUUACACAGACUUCCUGGGGAAAACCUGGGCAUGAUAUUGGGCAUAGAGGACAACAAGGAUGGUUCAGGUAGAGUGGCAUGUGCUGCUGUGAAGAGUGUGACACUUGGCGGGGCUGCCUACAGGGCCUCUGGGGGCUCCAAGGGUCUCUGUGUGGGGGAUGAGAUUUUGUUUGUGAAUGGGCUUGACUUGCGGACAUUUACUCAUGAUGAGUGUGUCCAGGUGUUCAAAGACAUGCCUUUGCGGGUUAUGUUGGGCGUGCAGAGGGGGCAGAAGGACCUCCCACCUGUGUCAAUAUCACCAGCACCAUGCAUGAAAACAAAAUCCCCAUCAAGAAAGCUGCCCAAAGUCCCUGUAUCAGUGUCAGAUGAAAACAAGCCAGUACAGAUAACUCGUAGGCAUGACGCCUCUGACAGCGAGGACGAUGGGUUUGCUGGGUUCGCUGUGUACCAGGUGUUGCUGGAGAAAGAACCAGAGGAGAACCUUGGCAUCAGCAUUGUACCCAGCUAUGGCUCCACCUGUGAAUACUACCAGGUGAAGCGUAUUCUGCCGAGCGGAGCAGCAGCACACAGUGGCCAACUGGAGGUUGGGGACCGUCUAAUCACCUGUAACAGCACGAGUCUUCGUGCACUCACGCAGAACCACUGUCUUGAUAUAAUAAAAUCCGCUAGUGCUUGUGGGGAUAUUAGAUUUGAAGUGAUCAGACCUGUGUACAAUGGAAAUUCUAUGGAAAUAUCUGUUACUUUGAACAAUGGAGUAAACAAUUCAAAACUAAGGAAUUAUCCCUCCAACUUUGAUCCUUCCCAGUACAGUCUUAAGUCCCAGAGCUACGACAGACAGGCAAUAGAUGUAGUUGUGACCAGUGAAAGUGACGAUUAUCUCACAGUUAGUGAGGAUGAAUACUCACGCAUUGGACGCUUAGCUAAUAUACCUGAAAGUGAAGCUAAUGAAGUGUUUGUGUCAAACAGUGUCAGACUAGCAUUUCAGAAAGACAUUAAUACGAUAGAGGAGGAAUCUUCAGAGACAAAGCCUGAACUUUUACAGCAAGAUUUGGUGUUAGAAAACUCAGAAAGAGUUGAAAUUGUAGAUCUCAACUCAUUUCACACAUCUCCCUAUCAUAUUCCCCACAAGUCAAAUCAUCAGUCAUUUGGAAUUGACCAAGUUGUUCCCGAUAUUGUUCAGAAUUUAAAUUCAUCAAUACCUAAAACUGAUAUUGAUGAAGUCAGCCCUAGGUCAUCUAUUCCAAGAUCUGACCUUGAUCAAUUAAGUCCAAGGUCACCUAUUCCAAGAUCUAACCUUGAUCAAUUAAGUCCAAGGUCACCUGUUCCAAAAUCUAACCUAGAUCAAGUAAGUCCAAGGUCACCUGUUCCAAGAUCUAACCUAGAUCAAGUUAGUCCAAGGUCACCUAUUCCAAGAUCUAACGUCGAUCAAAUUAGCCCAACAUCUUCAUUACCUAGAUCAGGGCUUGAUUCAGGGGAAUAUCAGUUCAGUCCACAAUCACAUUCUAAUACUGAUUACGAUAGUUCAUUUUCACAAAGGCCCAAUCAAAAGUCUUUCAUAGAUCAUCACAGUUUACAAGAAGAACCAAGUGAUAUUGAAAAUUUAGGCAUAACUGACUCUUACACAAAACGACAGCAAAUUCCUAGUAGCAGUGAGCUCGAUAUACCUUACAACUAUCCUCCAAACUUCAUCAGUCAAGAAAUUCCUGUCAGUGAUACAGAAGCAACAAGAUAUAACCCAUUGUAUGAAGAUAGUAAUGCGAGUGAGUUUACAGACUCAGAACCUCAAGAUAUUUAUAUUCACUCACCUGUACUGAGUCACAGAGAAGAUAUUAUUCAAUUUGAUCCAGAUAGAAUCAGUUUAAGUUCAAACAGGACAUUGACCAAAACUGAUCUUGACUCUGUCAUUACUGGUUUAGACCAAGGGGCUGAAGUUGAUGAGAACAUUUCAAGCAGUGAAGAAAUCUCUGUCCCCCCACCUGUGGAGUUUUCAGAUAAUAAUACAGACAAUACAGGUGAAUGGCAAAUAAAAUAUCAUCAAAACAAAUUUGAGCAAGAAGAUGAUGAUAUUGAAGAUAUCCAAAACUAUGAUGAGGAAUUAGACAGUGCCAAAUUGGCCUUUAAUUCAGAACUGACUGCACCCUUUGAUAUAGUAUUGCAAGAACAAGGUAUCUCUUUACAUUCAGAACCUCCAUAUAAUGAUUGUUUAAACAAUUCAGAUGAGGAAUUAGUGAAUGAAGUCUCUAAGCAGUUUGAAAACUCAGAGUCACUGAAAGUAAAAAACAAAAGUAAAAUAGAUAGAGAUUUAGUUGACAGAUCUGGUUAUAUUGUUAAAAGAUUUGCUCCCUCAACAGACAUGGAUCAAAACAGUCAAUAUAUGGUUCAAAAUGCCCUUGACAUGGAAAAUGAGACCAUUUCAGCUACUCAAGGACAUGAUUCAAAAAUCAAACUUGGCGGGAACGAAAUUAUUGACUUUGAUGAUCCAACUUAUACAAACAAUAAUAUAGUAGCAGAACACAUUGCAAAGGAUAUUAUUGCACAAGAGAAUGGGGGAGUAGGUUACUUUGUAGAGUCUGAUGAUGAACCAGAUAAGUUUCCAGCAGCUGAUAUGCCAGAGGAUGCCCCCGAAUUACCAGAUGCCCCCCCUCCAGAUUUGUUUGGUGACAUAAUGGAUAAAAAUGGAUUCAGCGUUACUAUAAGUGUUAAUGGUGACAUACAACGGGAAAGUCCAGUUCUGGAAGAUGUGGUUGAAGAAGGUAAAUCAGGUUUUAAGUCACAAAAACAUGGUUUAGCAGAAACCACAGAAGAUCCUGUUGUGCCCUUGAAAGUGCCAAGAAAGGUUAAUAUCCCUGUUGAGUUUGUAAGCGAAGAGCAAACACUUAUUGAAGAUGAGGGAAUAGUGGUAGAAAGUGUGACAAGGAACUUUCAACUUCCAGAACAUUUUCAGGAAGUAGUGUCAUCACCAGACAAGUCUGAACGUGAUAAUUUGGAAGAACUUGUUACAGUUACCUCAAAGAUGUCUCCAAACACAUCGCCAAGGAGUUUAAUUAAAAACCUAAAUGUGGAAAAUAGUGGUGCCAUUGAAUCAGAUUUGGAAGAAGUUGCUGAAGAAAAAAUUAAUCCUGUUGAGAUUAAAAAAGAUCAUGCAAGGAAUCUGGUUAAUGUGAUCAGUGUUGUAAAUGCCCUUAAAUCAAAACACAAGGACAAAGAUCCUGAUAACGUUGACAUGAUUGCGAAAGAAGAUGCUAAAGAAAAACCAAAAUCAUUUUUGAAUACAGUUAUUAGAGUGAAAGGUAACUCACCUAGUAAUCAUAAUGACAAUGUUGAAAGUUCCCCUCCAAGAAAAGAUGAGAUCAUUACCAGCAAAGAUCAGAUUAAUGUCAAAACUACAUUAAAAGUUGAAUCAGAACCUCCAAAGGAAGAAACCAUUGAAACGAACAGAGAAGUUAUAAAAAGACCAGAUAUUCCUUAUACCCCUACAAAAGAAAAAUCACCUAUCACAACAAAAACUGUUCCGAUAAUGAAAACAAGCAUUACUGUUGAAAAAACAAAUACUGAUAAUAAAAGUUCAGAAACUAAGGAAAACUUAAUGAUACCACCACUCAAUCUUGAGUCUUUAAAUGCUUCAAAUAAUGAUGCUGGAUCACCAACAAGCGACAGGUCUGGGGAUCAGAGCCCAACAUCUGUGUACAAGACUACUAUUGGCGUGCCAAAACCUUUGUCUCCAAAAAUAAAUUCUGUAACUGCACCUUUAACUCAUAACAAACCUGUCGUAGGAAGUGCAGAAAAACAUGUGGAUUCAAAGGUACCUGAAACAGUGCAAAAAGAAAGGGCUAGUCUUGCACCAACCCCACAGAUCAGACCUCUGUCUCAAAUAAAGCCAUUGAGCUUCAAUCCAAAGUCAUUGUCUCAGACGGGAAGCCGGCCAUUGCAAUAUAAGACAACGAUCAGCACCCUUGGCAUGAAGCCAGCCUCCCUUUCCCGCCCCCUGGCAGGCUCACAAAAACCAGACCACCCCAUCAAACGCAUGGAAACCCUUCCCUUCGAGGUCUCAAUCCUCAAAGGGAUUCUGGGUAUCGGGAUUAAAACGACCAUGACCCCUGAAGGUCAUGUGCAAAUCACAGAGAUCCUGCCAAAUGGACCUGUGGGUCGAGAAGGAAAUAUUAAAGUUGGCGACUACAUCAUAUCCAUUAACAACACACCAAUGUUGGGGUUGACCGAUGCAAAGGUCCAGCAGAUUAUGCGUCUGUUGCCACGGGGAUUGUCCAAGAUCGUUGCUUGUGCUGUCAAGCCUUCUGAACUACCACAAGGCAAUGGUGAGACUGUAGAGAAACCAGCCCUUGCAGCCAGACAGUCUUUACCUCACUCCAGCACCGCCAGACCAAAACUGUCUCCCCGUCAGUCUUCGCCUCUCUCAUCACCACGGGAACAGGCGCCUGGUACACAAGACAAGCCACAGGCACCUAUCCCAAUCCCUAGAGUACAAUCAUCCACCGGUGUGUCCAAUUCUCAGCCUCCAGUCCCAGUUCCCAGAACAUUGAACAUAUCAACAUCACCAAGGUCACCUAAUCUGUCUCCAAGGCCACACAAACUUUCACCAAGAUCCCCAAUCUCUCCAAGUUCAACUCUCAAUCCUGAAAGAAAAACAGAGACUCCAAGUAUGGUAGCUUCAAGCAAUUCACCUGUGGUUCAAACCAAGCCAGUUGUGGCACCAAAGCCGAAUCGACCUUCACCUAAAACGCCAGAAUCCUCACCAGUGGUGUCACCAAGGCAACAAGAAAAAUUAACUAAAACACCACCACAGGUGGCUCCAAAACCAAAACGAAACACAACAGUCAUCCAAAAUGCACCAAUUGAGACUGAAAUAUUUGCAUCAAUAACUUCAUCAAACAGGAAAUCUCCCACAAGUAAGAACAUCUUACCAGGUUCUGUUCACUAUGACUCUGUGCAAACUGUUGACAAAAGUGGAUGGAUCCCUGGGAUAGUGUCAUCAGCUGAUAUUCAGAAAGGUAAGAAUGAUGUUGUGCCUAACACUGACUCACAAACUGAGCGCACUGAAAGCACUGACACUGUAAGUGUUGUAGACACGAUUAGUGAUAUUAAGGACACUGUUAAUGACACUUUCAAUAAAGAUGUAAACAUUUCUGAAACAGAUAAUGAUAAACUUGUGAAUGAAUCUGAACAAAUUGGAAACAAUGAACAAGACAUUGAAAAUGUAAAGGAGGAAGAAGCUGCUGGGACAAAACAGUUGGACAAAAUAGAAAAAGACCUGUAUAGUAAGCCCAUUGAUAUGUCAUUGUACGCAAACCAUUCACGCAAAUUUAGCACUAGUAGCGCUGGAUCAUCUUACAAUGAAUUUAAAGAAUGUGAUGUGGAAGAUGAUUUAAUUCAAGAACAUAUUGAAGAAGAACAACAAUCUGCCAAGGAGACUGCAGAUGAUAACUAUGAACCAGAUUUUGAAGAAGAUGAAAGCAAAGUAACCUCUGGCGAUGAAGUAAAAACUCAGGAGCCUGAAGGCUUGAGAUUAUUAGCAGAGAGUAUUGUCUCACAAGUCAUAUCCUCAGUAAAAGAGUCGGGAAUUCUCACACAGCCUGCUGGUGAAAAGUUGAACACAGAAGAUGAGGCUCCCCCUGUUCCAUUGGAGGCACCUCCAAUUCUUGGUCCUUUAUCUCCUUGCAGUGACAAACCAGAGACUUCAGCUGAAGCAGUUACACUGGAAGAGAUUACUGAUACACCUGAGGUUACUGACUUGAUGAUGUCUGUAAGUACAGAAGAUACUCCUGAAAAAGAAAUACAUACAAUUUCAGCUCAUGAGAAUGAUGUUGAAGAAGACUUUGCAGAUCAUUUAGAUGCUCCACCGCUGCCCCAGAGUCCACCUCCAGUUCCACAGACAGAAGUGCCGGUGUUCAAAACCAGCCUGCCUGCUGAGGUUGUAGACCUUGCCCUCUAUCCUGACUCGGACAAUGAAGUUGCUGAAAAGGCUGGGAUGGCUGUGGUAGUAGAUGUUGUUAAUGCAUCAGUCACAAGUGAUUUGCAUGUUUCUGCACAGACUGUUGAUGUUGUAGUUGACAAACCUAAUAAUGUUGUUAAUGAUCUUGCUACAAAUGAUAUAUCUGAUUCCUUUGUGCCUCAGGACAAAGACACAGUAGAAUUAAGAGAAGCAGAUGAAGAUGAAAAGGUGGAAGACAGUGGUGAUCAGACUAUUAAUGAUGUCAUUUCCAUGUACUCGAAUCUUGAUAAGGCUGUUAAUAAAUCAGACAAGGUGGAAAAUAAUAAUAACAAAGAACUUAAAUUAGAGGUUGAUGAGGUAGCUGCGGUUUGUGGUAGAAAUGAGUUUGUAAAUACUGAUGAAAAUAAAAAUUGUGCUACAGAAUUAUUGACUAAUGCAGAUGAUGUGAUAAAUUCCGACACAUUAGAAGUAAGUGAACAAGAUUACCCUACAUCUGACAAUUUGCUCAGCGAUGAAAUGAUAAAUCUUAAUGAGUCAGAGCCAGUCAAAUUGAAUGGUCAUUUAGAAUCCAGAAUAACUCCAGGAGCCUGCGAUAUACCUAUGGUUGAUCAAGAAACAAGAGAGCCAGAAGGGAACACCAGUCCUACCAUUGAAGAUAAAAGUGUCCCCACCAGGUCUACAUCGAGAGUGGAUGAAAUCCUCCGCCAGCAUUCAGAGACUGAGCAGCGAAAAUACAGUCCAGAACUGAACAACAUGAUCAGAAUGAUGUCGACUAGUGAUGAUGAGGUGCCAGAGGGGGAGGGCCUGGUUAUGCAGGUGACCUUGAACAAGGGGGUCACAGGUUUGGGAUUCCUCAUUCAGGGCGGCAAGUCCACACCAAAAGGGGACAUGCCCAUCACUAUCAAACGCAUCUUCAAAGGUGGACCAGCGGAUGGGACGCUCAAACCUGGUGAUGAACUGCUGGCGGUGGAUGGGCAAGACAUGAUUGACAUGCGGCACACUGAAGCCUGGACUCAUCUCAAGUUCCUUCCUAGCGGAGAUUUCCACCUCACCAUACGGCGAUAUGGAAAUGACUCUUCCGACGUGUAAAAGAUAUAGAGCACUUUAAUUGCCUGGGACACUUAAUGAAUACUACAUUGAGUAAUAAUUAAUUGAUUUAAUACAAUAUUAUAACUUUGUGUUUAAAACUAUAUACAGACCUAUAUAAACAUAUAGUAAGAUUGUUUCUUGUUCACUUUCUUUCGAGAACAAGGCAGCAAGGGAUAUUUGUCAGUAAUGCAGUCGUUUAUGCAGCAUAAUGGACUUGAUAAGUUAGCUGUUUAAUUUUUAUAAGUACGUGUUUUGAUUGACAAUGUAUGAUGAAAGAUUAAAAUUUAAUUUGAUAAUUGUUCACUCGCUUGUGUUCAUUAAUUUACAAUUAAAUUCAGUAAUCUAGUUAGGUUACUGGUAAUAUCAUACAUUAGCUUCUGUUUAAUUUUUAGCUUAACUGUUUCUUAGCUUGGUUAAGAUGUUUCUUUUUGUUGAGUGUUGUUGGUUUGUGAUGCAAUGUUUCUUUGUCAGAAUAUGAAUGUAAUUAUUUUCUACUAUGCAAUAUUUCAUUGGUAAAUUUUCUAAUAGACAAUUUGUAUUUCUUUUACAAGGCUUAAAUUUGCCCACAGAUGCAGACAAAAACAUGACAUUUUUUCAGGAAAAUCAUGUCAUUAGUUCAAUAGUUAAAAAAAAACUAGUGUUCGUGUACAGACAUACAUUUGUAAUUGUGUAAUUUCUAACAUAUUGUUUCCUGCUUUGAGCUUUAUGUGUUGCAUGCAGAUAGUUGUAAAUAAGCCUAUGCAUAGUGAAUGUUAAUACAACGUUUAUGUAUUCAGAUUUGUACUUGUUAUUUAAAUGUUGAGACUGUUUAUAAUAUACCAAUAAUCAAAGAAUAAAAUAAACUUAUAAUGAAACCA